AUGGCUGUAGGAACAGUUUAUCCCGAACAGGACAGAUUAGACCGAAACGAACCAGCCAAUGCCAUCAUGCCACCUGGAAGCCCCAGCUUGAGCGCAAUUGCGGCGACGGCGGCAUCUCUAACCACUGACUCGUACAGCAUCCUUGCCAGCGCGGAUCUGACGUCAGCGCUCUCUCUGGCCGAACACGUGGCACGCCUGACCGCGACUCCGCACCUCUACGUGCAUCGCAGCAGCGUGGAGAAAGUCGCGGUGUGCGUGCGACAGCUGCUGCCGACCCUCCAUCUUCUGAAAAGCUCCGCCCCGUCGCUCUCCUUCGACCCGCGGUCCGCGUUCGUCCUCCGCCGUCUCGCGUCGGAGCUUAAAGACGUUAUCGCGUUGCUGAAAGCGUGCAAGCUGACUAUACCGGGGAUGUUUUUCAGCCUAGGGCAUCAUCAUAAGGGGCUGGCGCGCAAAGCAGACGCGUGCGUGAUGGAAAUUCGGCAUUGUCACACUGUCUGCUCGAUGCUGCUGGGACAGGCUUCUAAUACAACCAAUCCCAAAAUCGCCGCCGACCACGGGCCGCUGUCGACCUCGUUGGUGUCACAAGCGCCACCACCGACGCCGCAGAACCACUUCCCGUUACGAACCGUCUCGUGCAGUCACACUAGCGGGUCGAGUAAGGAACCUUCCACGUUCCUGGAGUCGUACAGCGGAAGCGGUAUCACCGGCGGAAGCGGAAGCUCGGUAAUGUUCCCCGGCGGCGGGGCGGAACAGCCUGCGCGGGUUCUCCAGCAGGUGGCGGAAAUGUUUCCCCAGAGCCCCAUGAUCGGCCCCUCCGCCGCUACGUUUUCCGCCAAAGACUCCGCAAGGCCUCCCGGGAUGAUGACGUGGCAGCAGAUGCAGGUGCGCGGGAUCCCCCCGAGGUCGAUCUCCGCCUCCGCCGCUUCCGGGUUUGGCGGGCCGCCUGCGGGGGGACUGUACGGGAGGGGUGGGUCCGCGGGGCGGCAACGACCGGGGAUAUUAACAGGGGCGCCGCCGCUGGCGCUCCUCGGGGGGGAGCGGAGGGAGCGCGAUAGCAGCGCGGCCGAUGCUGCGGCCUCCGCGGCACUCGCCUUGAUAGGAGCUAACAACGGCGGCGGCGGCGGUGGCGGAGGGAGCCGGUUCGCGGGCCCGGGCCGAACCUACACCGUCUCCUCCGCUUCCUCCGGCAGGAUGCAGCCAUACUACGGCUCGAUCGCCGUCUCGCCUCGUCCGCUCAGCCCCGCGACCGCCGCCGCCGCCGCCGCUGCCGCCGCGUUCGCCGCGCCGAGGAUGUUCUCCCCGCGGCGCCCCCGCGCGUCGUCCCCGCUGCCGUCCGCGCUCAACCGGUCGAGUAUCUCCGCCGCCGCUGCGGCGAGCGCCAACGUGUGCCGGCUCGUGGACGCACUGGCGGAAGGAUCGGCGGAAGAGAAGCGCGCGGCUCUGGCCUCGCUAAUGGAUGUGAUUGUAACGGAUGAGGGGAAGCUCCAAGCCGCGGCGGCGGGGGCGGUGCCGGUUCUGUCGGUGCUGCUGUCGCUGCCUGAAGACGACUUCCUAUUGGACGACGAGUCGGUGUUACCCGGUUGCGUAGACGACGAUGAUUGGCUCCAAGGAGGGGGGGUGCUUUCCGCCGGGGGAAGCGGAGGGGGGAGCGCGGGUAGCCGGGGAACGGGGAAAACAGGAGGGAGCAGUGGUGGGGAACGGGGAAAACCAGGGGGGAUAAGUUGCGGAAGGGGCGCGGUGGCUGCGUUGCUUCCGCUUCCGCCGCUUCCAGAGCCCCCUCAGCGCGAAUCGCUGAACCUACUCGUGGCACGCGCUUUAGUGCAGCUCUCCACGCUUCCCGCUAAUUGCCAGGUCAUCGCCAAGGCGGGGUGCGUGCCGUCGCUAAUCGCCAUGCUUCGCGGCGGCAACCCCGAGGCGCAGGCGGUCGCGGUGAACCUGCUGCUGAACCUUGCGACGGGCUGCGACAGCGACUGCGACAGCAAAUCGCCCGUGAUCGUUGCAGGCGAGGCGAUCCCGUCACUCGUCGCCAUUGUCCAAUCAGCGAGCGAGGCGAAAGUCCGGCGACAGGCGAUGGAGGCCCUCGCGCAUGUCGUCGCGAAGGCCAAGGAGAACCAAGACGCCGCGGCGCGAGCCGGCGCGAUCCCGAUAUUGACAGAAGCGUUACGAGAAGGCUCGCUGCUGGUACAGGAAAAAGCGGCAUUUGCGCUGGGCUCGAUCGCGGAGGAUAACGACGAAAAUAAAGUAAUGAUUGCUGGGACGGGAGCUGUGCCGCCGCUGCUAGAUCUCCUCCUGUGCGGGCCGGCAGAUAUCAGCCUGCAGGAGCGCGUUUCGCGGCGGGCGGCGUGGGCGUUGUUUGCGCUGAGCUCGCAUCGUUUGUCCGCUUCGUACAUCGUCGCCUCUGGUGGGUUGGACGUUGUGAAACGUGCGAACGAGGAUGGGCCGUUGGAUACGAAGGAAUGGACGGCGAAGAUCAUCCCGCUUCUGGAGCCACUCAGGAUUUAUGUGGCUGCUGCUAGUCUGUCUACAGACAUUCCUUUCUUGCCAUCCCUUUCUCGCCAUACUGUCAUCCACCUUCUCCCUCACCCUCUCCCUUCCCCUCCCUUUGCCUCUUUCCCCAACCCCCUCCUUCCCUUUCCCUCGUUGUUCCCCUCGUUCUCGCUCUUCCCAUCCCGUUUCCCUCCCCUCCCUCCGUCCCACUUCUUCCCCCCCACGCCCUCCCUCCCUUCCCUUUCCCCACUCUCCCCUCCCCCUCUUUCCGUCCCUCUCCACCGCUUCGCAUCCCUUCCCACACCUUUAUCCACCAGCCGCGUGCCCGCUGCUGCCGGAGGUGCAUGUGGACGCGACAGCCAGCAGCCAGGCCGCUCAAUGCUGUGGGGACUCGGGCAAUCCCUGCGUCACGCCCCUUUUGACUCCCUUCAUUGCCCCCCUUUACUCACAACUACACCACUCUCGCUUUCCCCCACACUCACUCCAAAUUCCCCGUCCCCGUCACGUCGACCUUUCACCCCUCCACUCUCCCUUCUCUUCCCUCCUACCCCCACCAGCAUCCCCCCCUCAGGUGCCACCAUCCUUCUGUCCCCAGGCACUCACUCCGUCCCUCCCCUCGCCCUGCAACUUGGGGGUCGCGGCACCAUCUUCCUGUUCCCAGGCACUCACUCUAUCCCUCUACAAGGGCUGCAACUCGGGGGCAUUCCCCUCACCAUCACUGCUGCCCCUGCUACUGGCGGCACCUCCGCCCCUCCCGUGAUCAGCUGUGAGAGCAUCAAGGGCAGCAGCAGCAGCAGCAGCAGUAGGUCGUGUUUAACUGCCACGUGUGCAGCUUCCAGCACAGGAGCAGGGGGCGGGAGCAUGUGCAGUGAGGAGCAGGCAAAGCUGGUGUUGCGGGGAGUGGUAGUGGCCAAUGGCAGAGCCGAAAUCACCAGCGAUACCACCACCACCAGCAGCGCUGGCUCUGGUGGUGGUGCUGGCAGCGGGGGCUGUCUGGUAGUACAGGGUCAGGCAGUGGAGGUUACAAACUCCUCUUUUCUCAACUGCACUGCUGCUGACGGUGGUGGGGCAAUCUUCGCUGCUUCUUCUCCCAACGUGACCAUCUCUGGCUCUCGCUUUGAAGGCUGUAAGGCUCUUGGCGGCCUCACUGCCUCUGUUGGUGCUGCUGGCGCCAGUGGUGCGGCUGGUGCCGGUGGUGGUGCUGCUGCUGCUGGUGCAGCUGAAACCAUUGGGAAAGGAGGGGGAGCGGUUGCCCUGUACAACGUCGCCCACGUGGCGGUCACUGAUUCGUCCGUUCGCGACUGCUCCUCCUCGUCCACCAAUGGCGGCGGCUUCGCCAUCGUCUCCUCCAACGCCGCGCUGACAGCUGUCCGCUUCUCGGGCUGCUUCGCGCAGAACCUGGGCGGCGCGGUCUCGUCUUCUCUCUCCAACAUGACUGUAACGAGCUGCGAGUUCCGCGACUCGCGGGCCAUGCGGGGAGGAUGCUUCUCGGAUGAUUCCUCCCCACUCGUCUCCAUCUCCUCCUCCUCCUUCCUCCGGUGCAACGCGGAUGUGUCCAAAGAAGGGGAUAUUUACAGCAAGGUGAACGGCGGCGGGGUUGCACUCAACGCUACUACCUCUUUCACCAUACACAACUGCACCUUCUCCCGCUGCCUCGCGGUUAUGGACGGCGGCGGUCUCGACGCUCUCGACCCCGGAAACCUCACUAUAGACUCCUCCACUUUCCGCUUGUGCUCCGCGUACGAUAAUACUGGCGGUGGCGGGGGAGCGGUGUCGUCCCGCGGCGGAAACAUCACCAUCCGGGGAACUCUGAUGGAGAAAAACUGGGUGAACAGCACCAUGGUUGGUUUCGGCGGGGCAAUGGCUAUCAUGGAUACGGAAAUGGAGAUUUUUAACUCGACUUUUCGGGAGAAUAUUGCGUACGGGCAUUUGUACGGGACGCUGAGCCAGGGAGGGGUGAUUAAUCAGCAGUGGACGAGGCGGGAUGUGGUGAUUCCGCUGCUGAUGGAGGAGUGUGCGUUUGAGAGGAAUGUGGCGGAUUUCGGAGCGGUGGGGUACUUUGAGGGCCAUGUGACAGUGAGGAGGUCGCGGCAUGUGUGGAACGAGGCACAGUUCCGAUAUGGAGGCGCGUGUGAGUAUAUGGGGGACUACGCCACCAUGAGCACCAGCAUAGAGGAUUCUCUCUUCGCGCACAACACCGUGAUGCAGGAUGGGGGGGCGGUCGCCACAGCAGGGCUGAUGGGCACGGUGGUGCGCGGGUGUGUGUUUCGCAACAACACCGCCAUCUCUGGCGAGGGCGGCGCGAUCGUUGUGCUCGAGGGCACGGAGGGAGCACUGGAGGUGGAGGGGAGUCGCUUUGAGGGCAACACAGCACCGGCAUCCAAGGGGGGAGCCAUCUCCGCUGCCUCCGCUCGCCUCACCCUCGCCCACACCACCUUCCACAACAACCAUGCUCUCGUGAAGGGCGGUGCCGUUGCAGUUUCGCACCCAACUUCUCCUCCCAACGACAACAACACCACCACUACCGGCAGCAGAGGCAGCAGCAGCAGCAGCAUCCCCACAGCACACUUCUCCAACGUGACCUUUGAGGGCAACAAUGCCACGCUGGGGGGAGCAGCGCUGCAUCUGGGCAUGGCGGCGCACGCAGCACUGAUGGGGUGCCGCCUGGAGGGAGGAGAGGCCAGCAACGGAGGCGGUGUGAUGCUGGAGGAAUUUGCACAGCUGCAGAUGACUCGGUCUGAGUGCACUGGGAACAGCGCGCCAUCCGGGGGAGGGUGCAUCUCCAUGAGCGAGCUGGCCUCCGUUACAAUCACAUCCAGCAACGUCACAUCCAACCAGGGCGGCAACAAGGGCGGUGCCAUCCAAGCCACGGGAGAGACCCGCUUGACCAUCUCGGAUUCUCAUUUCUUCAACAACUCGGCCAUGGAUGGCGGCAUGCUCUGGUCCGAGAUGGACUCGCAGGUGCACAUCUCCUCGUCUGUCAUUUCACACAACACAGCCACCAUCCAGGGCGGGGCGCUCUACUGCAUUCAGAACGCGCGCCUCUCACUGCUCGCCUCCUCCCUGCGCGCCAACACUGCCGCACACGGCGGGGCCAUUCUCGCCGAAGGGGGAGUCAGGCUGCUGGUCGCUGUGCGGGUGGGCAGCAAAACGCCCGCAGUGUUUGAAGGGAACUCGCAGCAUGCGGUGGUGCUGCAGGGGCAGGCAGUGGGGUCGUUCUACGGAUCGGUUCUCUUUCGGGGGAAUGCGGGGGGGAGCACGAUGGACGCGGGGGAUGGAGGGGCGAUUUUUGCCACGGAUUCGACGGUAGUGGUGGUGGGCGGUGGAGUGGGGUUUGAGGGGAACACGGGGCAUAGAGGUGCACAAGAAGCAGGCGGGGCAAUCUUUGUGGCCGGCAACACGUCCCUGCAGAUCUCCGAUUCGAUUUUCGAGUCCAACCGGGCAGCAACGGGGACAGGUGGCGCGAUCCUAGUGCUCGACUAUGCGCACGGGGACCUGCAAGACUGCACUUUCCGAAUCAACGAGGCUGGCUCGGACGGAUCGGCUGUGUACCUGGAUCGGGGAGGCAUGGGGGGAGGUUCGGGAGGAGGAGCGGGUGGGGGGGAGGAAAGAGGGGGAGCUGGGGGAAGUGGGGGAAGUGGGGGAAGUGGGGGAACGGGGGGAAUGGGGUUUAGCAAGGCAGCGGUGGGGGCGGUGGUUAUGUUGUCUGAUAUUGCAGGGUUGCUACAGGCGGGAAGUAACCUUGGUGCUGCUGCCAAUGCCACUGCUGGUAGUGCCAGCACUAGCGCCAACGGUAAUGGCAACACCAACACCAUCACCAACAGCAGCGGCAGCGGCAGCAGCGGCAGUGGCAGCGGUGGUGGCGGUGUGACUCUGAGUGGCGGGCUGCUGCCUCUGAACGUGUCUGGGCUGUCAUUCUACCGCAACACUGUCACUGGUAACGGCAGCAUCCCGGCUCUUGCCAGCGGUGGCAGUGCUAGUGGCGCUGGUGGUGGCAGUGGUGCUGGGGGAAGUGGGGUGGGUGCAGGAGGGGGAGGGGCGGGGGGGAUUGCGAUGGCAGCAGGCGGGCUUGGGUCGGCGUUUCUUGAUGCGACGUUCCUGCCUGCCAUGCGGUCGACGUGCGUGGCGUGUGAGAGCAUGGACAAGCAGGACACCAUCGGCACGCUCCCUGCCUCCUUCCGCCUCCAGUGGGCAGGGCAGAGCGACUCAGCAGCAGGCGCCACCACCACGGGCACAGUGUUCCAGGUGAAGGGGGACAGGGCCAACCCAGUCACAGGGCUGCACGUCACAGUGCUGGACGCAGCAGGCCUCAUCCCAGUCAACGACUUCCGAGCCAAAGCCUCCAUCCUCCCCACGCCAUCCAUCAGCGGUCUCCUGCAGGCCAUUGCAGUCAACGGCCGCGCCACCAUCCCCCCCGUUUCCAUCGUCGAGCCGCCUGAAUCCGGGAAUCUCUCGCUUACGCUGUCUGUUUCCUCGUCGUUGGAUGCGUUUCCGCCGAUCGCACGGACGGUCGAGAUCGUCUUCUGCCCGCCCGGGCAGUUUUACACCCGCCCGGGGAUGACCUGCGAGGUCUGUCCAAUCGGGAGCUGGUGUGGGUCCGGGCGGGGCGCGGAGUUCUGCCCGCCGGGCAGCUUUAGUUUUUUUCUGGGCACAUCUUCCCUUUUGGAUUGUUUACCCUGCCCGACGACUCGGGAUGUACUGAAAGAUACUCUGGCAGUGACAUGCGAGAAAGGGAAUAUGACUGUAGAGGAGGGGUUCUGGUUUGACUUCAACAGUAUCAGCUCUGGCAUCCCUGCCGUGUAUGCCUGCGACGUGUUAGAUGGAUGUGCAGGGCUGCUCUACCCUUCCUCCUCCUCUCAUCCCACUGUCAUUACUACCCAACAGCCGCAGCAGCAGCAGCAGUCGGCAGCAAAUGCAACUCUGGAGCAGCAGCAAUGCAAGCAGGGGUACAACGAGAAUCGGCUCUGCUCCAGCUGCGCGCCCGGCUACUACUCAGUGCUCAAGUUUUGCUACCAGUGCUCGCCCACCUUCCAGCGCCUCUUCCCGCUGCUGCUCCUGCUCAUCGUGCUGGCCUGGGUGGCCAUGGGGGUUUUGUCGGACUCGUUUCACACCAUUGCUAUACUCGCUAUAGAGCUGCAGAUGCUGACGUUUAUCGGGUCGUACAACCUCCCGCUGCCCUCCUGGGUGAACACCAUUAUUCAGUACUUCCAGAUCGCACUCUUCGUACCGGACGUGAUUGGGCCAGGUUGCACAGUCACCUACUCAUUCGUGCAGCAGUGGGCAGUCACCAUGGUCAUCCCCGUUUUAGGCGUCCUCGUUUACGCCUGCCUCUACCUCACACACCGCCUCUACUCCCACACCAUCACACAAAUCUACGGCAACCCCAAGAACCACCCCAUCACCAGCACCACCAGCUUCACCCCUUCUGCCGCCGCCUCCGCUGCUUCUGCUGCUGCGUCUGCUCCCUCUCUCCGCACCGAUACCAACGGCACCAGUUUCUCGCGAGCCCCAAGCGGCAUCGGCUCUCGAGCAGACGACUUGGGCGGGCACGUGACAACCAAACGCGAAAUGUUCGACAAGUACGAGAACACUCUCAUUCACGGAGUCACCAACUGGCUCGAUCUGAGCUACGCGGCUGUAACCUUCCGGUGUUUCCAGGCAUUUUACCGGCACUGGUAUGGCGCGGAUGUGAUGGGUGCUGCGCCGUAUAUCGGGUGGUUUUCCGAGACGCAUACGGUGGUGUUUGCGCUGUCGGUGGUGAUUGCGGUGGUGUAUGUGGCGGGAGCUCCGGUGUGCUACGCGCUGGUGCUGUGGCUGGGGAAGUCCAAGGGCCUGCUGGCGAGUCACACGUACAAGAUGCGAUGGGGAUGGAUGGUCAGCCGCUACGAGUACGACUACUUCUGGUGGCACCUCACCUGCUACGCGCGUCGCAUCAUCCUCGUCUCCAUCGCUGUCUUUGGCGUGCAGUCACCCCAGACGCAGGUAUCAGUGACCCUACCCCUCCAGGCCAUUCGCAUCGGCCUGCAGUACGGAGCAUCCCCCUUUGCAGCCUUCUCGCACGAUGUGCUCAACUCGCUGCUCGCGCUCGCAGAGCUUCUCUUCACCGUGGCGCUCACGGGCUUUAACUACAUCGGCAUCACCACUGGCGCCAACAUCCUCUUCGCCUUCUCCUUCGCCCUCGUCUUCCUGCCCACGCUGCUCAUUCUCUGCUACGAGCUCGUCAACUGGUACAUCACCCGCUGCAAUUGCCGGGAGAUGAAUUCCAUGUGGCAGACAGACAAGGCUCGGAAAUCCCUCCGCUCACGCAAGCACCUAGCAGCCCUCUCAGUGGACGACCUCGUGCAUCCCUCCGACAUCGCCCGCUGGUUCCGUCCCCACGUGCUCUCCGCCUUCCUCUUCCACUACUCCUCCGCCUCCCCCGCCUACCACGCCGCCCGCCGCAAAACCCUCUCGGACGAGGCAGGCUUGGAAAACGGCGCUGCUGGUGCUGGUGGUGCUGCUGGUGGCGGGGAGUUUCAACAUGUGGGUACGGCGGAGAUGCGGCGGCGGCGGCGGCUGCUGCUUCGGCUGCGGGACCGGUUUGAGCGGAUUCGGCUGGCGGGACCCGGGGAUGCACAGUGGAUGAAGCACUUAA